AUGUUUAUCAUCUUGUCACUUCUGAUUCUUAACUUCGCUCGAUCCGAACAAAUAAAAAGUGACCCUUUGUGCUCUCCUGGAUGCUCGUCAAAUUGUAUGGCUGACUACACAUGCACUAAAGAUUGCACUGAAAAUUAUGACAACGACGGUGCGUGCACCACUUGUAAAGUCCCACAGAAAGGGGAAAAUAAUUUAACAGUGUUUAUUAAGCAAGACGACGUCUGUUACAAGUUUACAAAUAAAGAAACUAGCCAAGUUGGAAACAGUUGGCUUCCACAAGAAGACGAUAUUACUGAACUUAACCUGGACUCUCCAAUAACUUUUAAAAUCGACGGGAAGUGCUACUUCGACUUUUCAUUUUGCUAUUACCCACAGAAGUAUAGACUUGGGAGGUGGUUCAAAAUCAAUAUGACGCAAUUUACUAUGGACCACUUUAACGUGUUUCUGACUAAACCAAGGAAUGAUCCAGUCGCAUUCUAUUUUGAUGGGACGCACUCCCAGAGAGAUAUGAAAAGUGCAAAGUGUUUAGUACAUUCGUCCCUUCCAGAAACUAUGUUUGAGAAUGUCCUCAAGUUUCCCGUUUUUUCUCCUUACAAAGGAGUUGUUGGAAGGGAAAACGAUUCAUACUUUGACUACUUUUUUGUGAGCAUUGAUGGGACCAAAGAAGUGAUAGUGGAAAUGGAAAUUAAAGAGGAACAAGGCAAACAAUUGGUGCCAAAAAUAACGAUUGAACAGGCUGAUGCUGAUAGACUGAUUACUAAUCUUUCAGAGGUAAUGGAAAUACAUAUCAACUUCGAAUCUGAAAAUUUCUUUGCAUAUCCCGCGUGUAUGCCAGGUAUAUUCAUGAAAAUCUAUGUGUUCCACAUUAAAUACAUUGGUAACUAUUACUUAUUGUUUGAUUCCCGAGAGAACAAUCGAGUCAAUUUGAUGUCUGAGUACGUCACAGUGACUGAAAAGAAUGGAUCAAAGCACAAUGACUGUGUGUUCCUAUGGGAAGGGAAAAUAUUCAGUGAAUAUAAUGAAGGCGUUGACAAGGAAGGGUUUUUAGUUCGGAUCAAUGGCACCGUCGACAGAGAAAGACAAUUUUUAAUAGCGACUGAAGAUAGAAGAGGCAACUUUACCGUUAAAGUUCGAGGGAUAUGUCCUGAGAACUGCAAUAUGGAUAAGGGGUGGGGUCUUUGUAGCAGUUAUAAUGCUUCUUGUAUGUGUAAUGAUGCGUAUGGAGGGGAUAAUUGUCAUGAAAAAUGUUAUUACAAAAACAAAUGGACUGUUACUGAAUAUUCCAAUUUGUGCUAUUUUGGCGUUGUCAAUUGUGACCAAUAUUGUAAAUGCACUUCUGGAAGUACAUUUAAAGAUCAUUUGUGUUAUUCAACAGAAUGUUUGAAUGGCCAAUUAGGGCCUUUGGAUGAGUGUCACCGUGGGACUGAAGGGUGUUAUGACAACUGUGGAUGUAUGAAUAAUAUAGGAUUCUUCCCUAACGAAAAACAUGAGUGCAUUCAUGAAAUGUGUGGAAAUGACGAGAUUGAUGAAUACUUUGAUGCAGAUGGAACUUUAAUACGGAAAGAAGAAUGUGACGGUGGUCCCAAUUGUCUUGAAAAUUGUCGAUGUGAGGAAGGAUAUGUUCCUGAUAAAGAAAGCGAACUUGGGUGUGUUAAAAAGCAGUUAGGAGGAGGAGCCAUUGCCGGGAUAGUUAUAGGUGGUGUUGUUUUCUUUGUUAUUCUUGUUAUUAUACUUGUCAUCAUCAUUGUGUUUGGUCUUGAAUACAAAAAGCAAGACAUCAACCGAUUCAAAACACAACAACCACGGUACCACUACUACAUUAGUGGUUCAAUGAACCUUCCUGGAGGCAAAGGAGAGAAGUACGAAAUCACUCCAACCACUUUAAAUUUUGGAAAUGAGACGGAGGCAACUAACAUAUUUGAAACAAGAUUUGAACGAAUGGAAGUGAAAAACAAUAGUAGAAAUAAGUAUAUGAUGGUCAUUUUUCACACCCCAUUUACUCCAAAGUACACAUUCUACUUUGACCCACAAGUCGCUAUUCUAAAACCAAGAACACUCGCUAAGGAAGUCACAACGUAUAUGACACUGCAAUGCUCGUGCAAGAUACGAGGAAUGAAAAUACCAUACACCGUCUGGUUCUCGAAGAAAAUUACUGUUUUGCGAGAAAUUGAGGCGGUUUUGAAAGAUAAAACUUUUGAGGAAUGGAUGCCAAGUGACCAAGUCAAAAUUGAAAAUUUGUGCAAACAUGUGGAUUGUAGAAUGCAUGGGAGUAUCAUCAUAGCGACAGACUCGAUGAGUUCCACACAUAUUGAUAUGGACGAAUUAAAUAUGUCCGAAACCCCCAUUGCGGAAGGUGCUAUGGGUAAAGUCUUUGUUGGGAACUACCGAAGUGUUCCCGUCGCGGUGAAGCAAUUUCGAUGGGAGAAUCUUGAUGAUCAAGAAUUUCAGGAGCUUAAACAUGAAGUAACACAAGAAUGUGACAUGAUGAGUAAAUUGCGGAAUCCAUUCAUUGCGAAUUACAUUGGUUCAGUGACUUAUAUUCCUCAAAUUUCAAUGGUUAUCCAAUUCUUUGUGUUGGGGUCGUUGGGAGAGUAUUUGAGAGAGGAGAACGACGAUUUCAUUCGACUUCCGUACCGACUUAAAGUACGUAUGUUGUAUGAUACAGCUAAAGGAAUGCAAUUUCUUCACGAGAAUCGAAUUAUGCAUUUGGAUUUGAAACCAGAUAAUUUAUUAGUUAAUUCAUUGGAUACAGAGUCUGCUUGCACUAUUAAAAUCACAGACUUUGGUACUUCUCGAUUUACUAAAAAGAAAUUAAAAAACAACGACGCGGAGUAUAAGGGGUUGGGUACACCGAUUUAUGCGGCACCAGAAACAUUUGUCGAUGUGUACACAUUCGCAGGUGAUGUGUAUUCAUUCGGAAUAACAGCUUGGGAAGUCUUUUACCAAGAAGAACCUUAUAAAACAUUCAAAUCAAUUUUCGACAUCAAGAAGUUUGUGGAAAAUGGAGAGAGACUUUCACUUGAUCGAGGAAUACCACAGGAAUACGCCGAAGUCAUCGCAGAAUGCUGGAGACAAAACUAUAGCGAUAGACCAGACUUCGACAAAAUCACGCGAAGUCUUGUAAACGUCGAAACAAAAUCGCAUGGAUUUUUCGAUUUUGAUAGUCAAGUCGAUGAAGAAAGAAUAGCAGAAGUUAUUGGAAAUAAAACAGAAAGGUUGAAAAGGUUCUUGGCAGAGUGA